CGGCUCGUUGGUUUCGGGUUGGAAAAGUCGAUUGUUGCAAACGUGUGAACAUGUUUGGCUGGAUCAAGCUCUCGCUAUUGGUGGCAUCGCUAGCGAUGAUCACGCCCAAUAGCCCCAUUAAGACGUCGGUGGCCUUCUCUGUUAUCGGGUAUUUGAUCACCGUCACGUUGAUUCCCCGUGUGGGUGACCUGUUCAUCAAAAUCGGAUUGAAAGGUAAAGAUAUGUCUAAAGCAGCCCCAGCCCACGAGAUCCCUGAAUCAAUGGGUGUGGUUAGUGCCAUCACCUAUUUGUUCAUGAUGUUUGGUUUGAUUCCGUUUGUGUUCUUCAAGUACUUGGUAUCAUACUCCAACUUGUCAAACGAGUCUUUCCAGUCUAAAAACUACUUGGACCAAUAUAACUCGGUUGACGACACCAAGUUGUUUCCCCAUAACAAGUUGUCCCAGUACUUGAGUGCUAUUAUUUGUUUACAAGGGACAAUUUUAUUGGGGCUAUUUGACGACUUGUUUGAUAUUAGAUGGAGACAUAAAUUCUUUUUACCGGCAGUGGCAUCCUUACCUUUAUUGAUAGUAUACUAUGUCGAUUUCAGUGUUACUUCCAUUGUGAUCCCCACGUUUGUUUUGAACCAUCUCCCCUUUGGUGACGUGCUACUUAAUGUCAUCAACAAUGUCAUUAAGUUGGGUAACCAUUUGGUAACUUAUGUAACUGGACUUUCAUUCAGCACCUUGAACUCAGACUACUCGGUUCCUCAGGGAACUCCUAAAUUACUUGAUUUGGGGAUCUUCUACUACAUUUACAUGUCAUCCAUUUCGAUCUUUUGCCCCAACUCCAUCAACAUUCUUGCGGGUAUAAAUGGUUUGGAGGUGGGACAGUCGGUGGUUUUAGCUAUCAUCUUCCUUAUCAAUGAUAUGUGCUACCUUGCAUCUCCAGAUGUCACCAAUGCUGCCUAUGACCUGCACUUGUUUUCAGUGAUCUUCUUAUUGCCAUUUUUGGGGGUUUCUCUAGGCCUAUUGCAGUUCAACUGGUUCCCAUCCAAAGUGUUUGUGGGUGAUACUUACUGUUAUUUCAGUGGGAUGGUGUUCGCAUUGGUGGGUAUUCUUGGGCAUUUUUCCAAGACCUUAUUGAUCUUUUUCCUUCCGCAGAUCCUUAACUUUGUGUACUCAGUCCCCCAGCUAUUCAACCUUGUGCCUUGUCCAAGACACAGAUUACCCCGUUUCAGUACUAGAGAUGGUCUCAUGUAUCCUAGUCUUGGAGACCUCAAAUCUCCCACACCCAUAUCCAAGACCAUAUUGAGCGUCCUAGAAUGGUUCAAGCUAAUUAAGCUUGAACGGGAAGAUGGCCAGAUUGUACGGUUUUCCAAUAUGACCAUCAUUAACCUCAAUCUCGUGUGGUUUGGUCCAAUGAGGGAAGAUCAUUUAUGUUUGCUUAUUCUUGGGCAACAAUUUGUUCUUGGAACCACCAUGGUGCUUGUGAGACAUACCAUUGGUCCAUGGCUAUUUGGCUAUGACAAUCUCAGCUGGAGAAUAAAGUAGAGUAUAAUAUAUAACAAUUCGCAGCCAGGAAAUUUGAAAUAUCGAACCCGCGACCAUCACCAAUUCACAACUAGAUAUCUCAGUGGCUCUUUUAUAAUCGAACACCAAUUAUGCCACC